GUCAGUCGCAACAACAGCCUGGUGUGGUGUGGAGUGUGUCGCGCAGAGUGCGCUGGGAGUGCGAUUGGAUACGCUGCAACCCGCCUACCGCCUGACGCGGCUUGUCGCCGAGCCGCUCCUGUUGGAGCCGCACAAGGCCCUGGUUGUGCACAGCCCGCCCGGCCCGCUCGUCCUGCCCCUGCUCGCGCAGCUCGCACAGCUCGCGCAGCUCGCGCAGCUCGCACAGCUCGCGCAGCUCACUCGCUCCGCCCGCCUUCGCUUGGCUCGGCCCGGCGCUUUCUACUUCUGCUGGUUCAUAUGAAGCAGACCGAGUGUCGCAUGACAAGAAUACAUUGAUUGUGGGGCGCAAUGCGAAUCCGGGCUGCCCCGCGAACACCAUGGCUCCUCCUCGCUGCCGGAUUGGUGCUCCUGCUAGUCACUCCAAUAUUAGGCGCCCUCAAACCCCCUUCGCUGAAGACUACCACGACUACAACCACGACUACACCUAAGCCGGAGGAAGAGCCGACCACCACCCCGGCCCCCGCUUCCAACAAGUCGUCGCUGCUGACGGGGGUGCCGCAGGUGGACUACAAGCAUGACCCCAACCUGCCCCGGGAGCUGAACGGCGCCGACCUCCGGGACUACCCGUUCUACUCCAGCGUCCCGGACAACAUCACCUUCCCCUGCGAUGGGCUCAAGGAUGGCUUCUACGCCAGCCUCGAGCACAAGUGCCAGGUUUACCACCAUUGCCUGUCUGGAAUCCGCUACGACUUUCUGUGUGCCAACUACACCGCCUUUGACCAGCGGACCUUCAUCUGCCACUUCGUCUCGGAGGUGGACUGUCAGAACUCGCCCAAGUGGUUCGACAGGAACGAGGCUCUGUACAAGGCGACGACCACCACGACGCUGGCGCCACCGCCGCUGCCGCCCAGGGCCAUCUACGACCGGCUGCCGCCCUCAGCGGACGGCGGCGGUCCGCGUCGAGGAGCUGGUGGCGGCGCCGGCGGUGCCGCUGGAGGGGGACGCCGCCGCCGGCCGUACCGGAGGCGCCGGCCCGUGUACGAGUACUACUACGACGACGCGGAGUAUGACGACGAGGAGUACUACGACGAGGAGCCUGCCGCGCCCUCCAGCACGACCCCAGCGGCCCCCCCGUCCAAGCUGCGACGCAGGAAGCGACCCCGGCCGGCGGCGGGCGCGGAGGGAGGCGCGGGCCACGACGCGCAGCACGCCGUUCAGGACACGGCGGAGAGCCAGCCCGGCCCGAAGGUCAGGGCACAGGGUUCCACGUACACUCCCGGGCAGCGACCCCUGCCGAAGGUGCGUCGCCCCGUGCCCCUGAGCGAGCAGCCGUCCACCACCACGACCACGACUACGACGCCGGCGCCCUCCGCCGCGGGUGGCGACUACUACGACGACGAGGAGGAGGCACCGCCACCCAGGCACCAGGCGAGGCCCAAGGGCUCUAAGAGACAAGGAGGCCGACGCCCCGAUGACUCGGUCGAGUACGAAGACGACUACAGCGAGGAGCAGCCCAGGAGGCGUCCCAGGCCUGGCUCGUCCCGCCGCAGAAAGCCUGGGCAGCGCAGGCCGCCGCCGCCCCGCUACAAGGACGACGAGUACGAGGACGACAGCUACGAGGAGGAGGCGCGGCCUCCGCAGCGGCCGCACAAGCGCAAGCGCGUGCAGCAGCACGACAGCAGCGAGGUGACGCCGGCGACGACGUCGACAACGACCACCACGACCACGACGACGCCACCACCACCGCCGCCACCCAAACCCAGGCCAAAGCCGCCGAGGAAGCCGUCGGUGCCGUCCACGACCACAACGCAGGCCCCGCUGUCCGAGGAGGACGUGGAAUACUACGAUGACGAGGAGUACCUUCCGGAGCCGGUAACGCCCAGGACUACGCCAACGCACCGGUCGACGCGGCCGCGCGCGCCACCGCCGUCCAGCACCACGACGACGACCACGCCGGCGCCGCCGCGGAGCACGACGGCCGACGACGUGAUCCAGGCGCCGCGGUCGGGGCGGCGACCCUUCCUGCCGUCCCGUGGCGGCAACCCCGUGCUGCCCCGCGGCCUGCAGCCACUCGGCGCCAAGGCCAAGCCCGCGCCCACCACGCCCGCGCCACCGCAGCACCAGCACCAGGACGACUACGACGAGCGGCCGGUGGUGCAGGCCCCGCGGCCCAGCCCCCAGCGGACGUCCGCGCAGCGACCGCUGCUCGACCCCACCGAGGUGAUCGAGCCCGUGACGUACCGUGCGCAGGUGCCCCCCACGGCUCUGGACAGCUCCGGCUACCGGUCGCGGGUGGCGGGUUCCUCUGUGCUCUCGUACCCCACGACCAGCAAGCCUGGGAGCCCCGCCAGCAGGUACCAGGUCAGCAAGACCACGCCGCCGCCCAGCAACCACGUCGACGACUACCCCAAGGACGACCCGGAGGACUACGACGACUCGCUGAACGACGCGCUCCACCCGCCGCUCGCGCCGCUGUCCUCGCUCGCACCGCACCACCACGUCCCGUACCGGCAGCUGCGCUCGCACGCCUCCAAGGCGGCGCGCAACGGCGAGCAACUAGAAACUUAA